AUGCUGUGGAGGGACAACUGCAUAGGGGAGAGAGAAGAGCUGGAAGCUCACCCCCUUAGCUCGUUGUUCUUCCCGUCACCAGGACGGGCAACAAGACAGGAUUUGCCUUUGCACUGUUACUACCGUCCCUGUGCUGAGCAGGCUCACAAGGUGGCUGCAAGUUACAAGCCUUCAAAGUUCGACAAAAAAAUCCUCCUCUGGACUGGACGUUUCAAGACGGAAGAUGAGAUUCCUCCGAGGAUCCCGCCAGAGAUGCUGGACAGGGCAAGAAACAAAGCUCGAGUUAAAGCUUGUUACAUAAUGAUUGGACUUUCAAUUGUUGCCUGUUUCGCUGUCAUCGCUUCAGCUAAAAAGGCUGCUGCACGCCAUGAGUCCUUAACAAGCUGGAACUUGGCAAAGAAGGCCAAGUGGCGGAAAGAGGCCGCGCUAGCAGCAGAGUCAAAGACAAAGUAACUUUAUAAAAAAAUUCUGGAUCUCUUGGUAGGAGCAAAAUUAAAACUGUUACUCUGAACAACUGGUGAAUUCCACUACUAAAUGGACAGCUCUAAUAUCGCAGUCACACUGGUGCCAAACAGUGGCAGUAGUUAUAAGAUUAUGCAAAGCGAUGUUUAAUCAUGUAGCACGUGAUUAAAAUUAGUUAAAUGUGUUGCACAUGAUUAAAACUAGUAAUUAAUUUCAAGGGAGAUGAGAUAGUUUCCUGAGAAUGCAAGCCAUGGGGAGCCAUGUUUCUGCUAUCUGCCCUAAAACCUUUCUUUCAUGCUUGAUUUUGAGCUUCGUUUUGCAGAUAGAAGUUUCUUAUAUAAAAACUAGUAAAGUUUCUCAACGAAAGGUUAAAUUCCACAAAGACCAAGGAGUACUGAAGCGAGAUUACUAAAACUGCAACUAUAAGAAAAUUUACACAUUUCACUUUUGCAGUUCUACACAAAGAAUAAGCAGUAAAAUGCCAAAAUAUCUCAAACAUUAUCAGGAGAACAUUAGGGGAAGUGAGGACAGGGAAUUUGUACUGACAAUCCUAUAAAUUUAUAAUGUCCUUAUAAACUUCAUGGGAAUUUCCAAAGUAGUUGUCAGUCACGGAUUUGGAGUUGGGUCUGUGAUUAUCAAUAAAAGUACUUGUUUGGCUAGAUAUUUGCCAAACUUAAAACCGAUUCAAGAAGUUUUCUGUCUGGUGACAGCACAAAGUCUUAAAGUGCACAAGUCAGCCAGUCUGAAAUCAUCUGUCUCAAUGCUGCAUUAAAAAUGGUAUUUUUGUUUUCUAGUUUAAGAAACCACACUUACCAGAACACUUAAUAAAUACAAUAAACAUCUGUAAAAUAGGUUUUAUUGGUUUCUGUAUGGUAUUUGGAGUUGUAACAUUCCAUAAUAUUGCAUACUACUCAUAUGUGUUGUGUUACAGUAAUGGGCCUUUGGCCUGGAUUUAAAGAUGCACUAUUAUUAUCUGAAGUUAAUAUAGGUAUUUCAAUUUCACAACAUUACAUGAAGAUAUCGUGCUAGAAAUAGUUGAAAUUUCUCAUUCCAGAUUUCAGUGAACUCUUGAAGUCAAGAGUUAAAAUUUCACAUAACAAUUGACAGAUCUAUUACAAAAGACAUGAGUCUUGCAAUUUAAGAAAUUUAAACCAACCGAGAACAAACCAUGGAGGAGAGACAAUAGUGCAUCUUUUCAGAGGAACAGAGAGACCCAACAAUAAAUAUUUUCCAGUUGCAAACUUGUUCUAUAGCUAACUUAUUUCUGUAGCAAUAUUAUUACUAUUUUCUGAUUGCUGCUAGCAACAGUGUUUAAAGCAAAUACUAGAAAAUUAAAAAGCUGUAUGAACCAGUCCUCAGACAAAAGUGCAAUGAUGAAAAAAAUUAGAUAUGAUUCAGUGUAUCAGAGUAGGGAACUAAAAAAACUUAAGCUUUGCAUAGUUGCAUAGAUUAGCUAGUUAGUAUUCACAUUUAAGCAGAAAACAAAUGGUACCCUUUUAAUUAAAGGCAGCCCCGCAAACUGUAUUUUAAACAGACUUUGUAACUGAUGGGGCACUUCAGUAUUCUGUGUUUAAAUUAAAUGCCAAACUUAAAAUCUUUUCUCACCUUCCCCCAUCCCCAACUGCUUUCAUCCGUUUAGGACACAGCAUUAUGUUUACUCCACUACCUUCAAAUGACUAGACCAGAGCUGAUUGUACGUUGUCAUCUCUGGUUUUAAACUCUUCAUGAAGAGUUUUUAAACAAAAAAAAAAA